CAUUGCUAGUACUGCACGCCGGUAAUCGAGCGUUGUUUCCACUCGGACUGCUUCAAGCGACGCACACAGGAAACACACGUACCGAAACAGCGUUACCGUCACAUUUCUGUUCCUCUGUUGUCUACAUGUGUCAGCUGGGAUUUUUUUUUUUGCCAAAUCAGGGGAGUGUUUUUUUUCGCGAAAUUGAAACUUUGUAGACACCUUUUCAGUUGUGUCCGGAUGAGAGAAUUGAUCUUUGCAAAGUUAACGAAAUUGUAAACUGUGAAGGUUUUAGGCUCCGUUUGUGACAGUGAAAAUGGGAAAGAAAAGGGGAAAGAGCUCCAGAGAGGACGAUGACAUUGACCUGGCAGGUCCAUCCUGCAGGCACAUAAAAAAGGGAACAGAACAAACUCUUUCAAAGAAACUCUCAGGGAAUUCUGAUUGGACGAGAUGCCAGGAUUGUAAGCAUGAAGAAAACAAAGAAAAUAGCAGCACCACCGUGCUACAAGACUCUGAAGAGGAAAAGGAAACGAUAGCCAUAUGGAUGUGCUUGAAAUGUGGCCAUAUAGGAUGUGGACGAAACUCUGAGGACCAGCAUGCCAUUAAACAUUAUGAGACUCCUCGGUCGGAUCCACAUUGCCUGGUAAUCAGUUUGGACAACUGGAGUGUGUGGUGUUACAUAUGUGAUGCUGAAGUCCAGUACUCCAGUACCGGACAUUUGGCUCAGCUGGUGACCAGCCUAAAAAAGCAAACUUCUGCAGAUCCCAUCAACAGACCACAGAACAGAGUGAAGGAAGAAGACAGCUUUUUGGAAGUUGAUCAGAAGACGGAGACUGUAAAGGCAGAGGAGAGCGAGGACAAUGAAAAGAAGGGCCAUCAAAAGAAAAACGCCAAGAAAGAGAGUGUUGGGAUAUCAAAAAAGUCUGGCACAUCUGAAGACAAUAGUGGUGUUUCAGUAAAGGGGCUGAGCAACCUUGGAAACACAUGUUUCUUCAAUGCAGUCAUUCAGAAUCUUUCUCAAACGCAGCUCUUAAGACAGACUCUCAACAAAGUGACAGAAGAGAAUAUUAGUCUUAACAUUAAACCCGUUGCCUCCUCGGAUCUGGUGUGUUGCCAUUCUUUUUUUUUAUGUUUGUUUUUAACUGUAAAGAUGAUGUUUAAUUUACACUGUUUAUUACUCAAAGACUUGUUUUUAUUUUGUGUGCAGGCGCCUAUUGUCAUGCAGUUAGGCCAGCCUGGCUCCCUGACUUUGGCUAUGUGUCAGCUACUCAACGAGAUCCAGGAAUCCAAGAAGGGUGUGGUAACACCGCGGGAGUUGUUCACACAAGUUUGUAAAAAGGCUGCCAGGUUCAAAGGAUUUCAGCAGCAAGAUAGCCAGGAGCUGCUGCGCUACCUUCUGGAUGGGAUGCGAGCGGAGGAGAUCAAAAGAGUAGGCUCAGGGAUCAUGGAGGCAUUGAAAGAAUCUAGAAAAGGCACAGAUGGAGAGCAGCUGAAAACACUAGUUAAAGAGUACGAAAAAAAUGGAUUUCCAAAAAACAUUGUCGACGAAGUUUUUGGCGGGAAAACGACCAGUACUAUAAUGUGUCAGCAGUGUGAAACGGUGUCUGUAGUCACAGAGAUGUUUUUGGACCUUUCCCUUCCGGUUUCUGAUGAGGCAUACAGAAAGAAGAACCAGAAAAAAGCAGUUCAGAGCACCAGUGAGUCGACCCAGGAUGACAGAAACAGCCCUGCUUUGACAAACGGGAAUGAUGACACUCCCACCGGGUCUGGCAGCAAAUACCAGCAGAAGAAAGCAAAGAAACAGGCAAAGAAGCAGGCAAAGCAUCAAAAGAGGCAGCAGAAGAUUGAAGGCAGAGUCACUUUGGACAGUCUCUCCUCUCCGAGCCACACGGAGAGUGAACAGACCGAUCCUACUGCAGAUGCAAAGGACAUGGAAAAUGCUGACACUGCAACACAUGAAGAAGCCUCGCUAAGUGAGGGGAACCCUGCACAAAUCAGUGUGUCUGAACAGGACCAGAAGAACCUCGACCCAGUCCAGGAUAAGAAGGACGAAGAGGAGGAGGAUGAGGAUUCAGUGAUAGACUGCGACUCAUUGGCUACGUCAUCGGUCAGCAACCGUUUUACUGUCUUAUCUGAUGAGCAGCAGUCAAAGGACAGUAUCUUAGACGAUGACAGAUCAUCUGACAUGGAUCUGGAAAGAGAAGACACACAGCUGGUGAGUGAAAUAGAGAAAGUAACCCUGGAUGAUGCCUUCAUAGAAGAACCUGAUGCUGCAGAUACAACUAUGGAGAGUGAAGAUGAGCCACUGGAGGCUAAAGAGUACACUGUAGUAAGUCAGGACCCGGAGCUGGCCUUCCGCACACUGGCUACCAGAACAGCCCCUGAGAAACAGGAGUGUUCAGUCCAGUCGUGCCUUUUCCACUUCACAGAAGUGGAAACCCUCACACAGAACAACAGCCUGCUAUGUGUUACCUGCACUAAACGGCAGCCAAACAAAGACAAAGCUGGAGGAUCCAAGAAGAAUGUCUACACUGAUGCCUUGAAGCAAAUGCUGAUCUCUUCUCCCCCACCAGUGCUUACCCUUCAUUUAAAAAGGUUUCAACAGAAUGGAUACAGUAUUUGCAAGGUGAACAGACACGUCCAUUUCCCCCUGAUACUGGAUCUAGCUCCCUUUUGUGCGUUAAAGAACUUGACAGAGGGAAAUACUCAAAUAUUGUACAGUUUGUACGGUAUCGUAGAGCACAGCGGAACAAUGAGGUCGGGUCAUUACACGGCGUAUGUGAAAGCGCGACCUGAGUGCCAUAAACCCCCAUCCAACGAACUUACAGCUGAAGGACAUGUAGAGCCACCCAGAGGAUCCUGGUUCCAUAUCAGCGACUCGUGUGUUCAACCUGUGAGCGAGAGUAAAGUCCAGAGUUGCCAAGCCUACCUCCUCUUCUACGAAAGAAUCCUCUAAUCGAACGGUGCUUCACUACUCAGGAAAUCCAACAAACCAACGUGCUGCUUCUGCUCCACAGUAUAAGGGAUCAGUUAACCGACCAGAUUUCUCUGUGACUCAAACUGGGCUGUGAUUAAAUUAUGUUGAUUAUACAGAAGGAACAUUUGAUGUAAAGUUUACAUUUUCAUCACAGGGAUUUUACACAGUGUUUCAAGUAAUAAACAGGACCAGUUGUAUGUUUCUCACACUCACUGAAUAUUGCAAGGUGUGCAAUGAAAGUCAGAAUGGACAUUGAACAGAUUGUGGUGUUGGAUUUGUUGGCAUUACAAAAAUCAAUUUCAGGAGGCAAAUGAAAUGUUGGGGGAACAUCAUUUGUAAAACAUAUUUAUGUCUAUUUUUAUCAAUGUCAUGUAAUGAAAUCAUAAUGAAAUGCUUCAAAAUUGGAUUUUUAUCCCCGU